AUGUCCUCAUUCACGAGCAGUAGUAGUGGCAGUUCACGAAAAUCGUUUGUUAAUUCAUUGUAUCAAAAAGAGGAGUCGCCGUCACCUCCUCCAGCAUUACAUCGAAAGAGAUCCAUGUCCUUAUCCAGUCAAAUGUCCGUUCUAAAAUCAAAGCAAUCUCAUAACACGUAUGCAUCCUCCAAUAUCUCACUUCAUUCCAAUCGAGAUCAUUCAGCAAGCAUCCAAUACUCCAAACAAGCCCUCUUGUCAAAUGUCCAUUUUACACAACUUGUAACAAAUACCUUUCAAGCACUCCCCCAUGAGCUUCAAUGUUACAUUUUCACAUUUCUUUCAGGAAAUUAUCUCUUCAAGAGUGGUCGAUUAGUUUGUCGAACAUGGAGAGAUCUCAUUCGAGAAUUUGGAAUUUUUUCAGGUCAAUUGUGUUUUACAGUUUAUUCGCCGGAUUAUGAGAGAGAUCGAAAAAAAGAUUUAAAACGAAUUGAAAUAUUUAUCAAGUGUUGUAAAGAAGGAUAUUUCACACAAUUGGAUGAUUUACAAUUGAAUUUUUCAAUGAAGGAUCAGAGUGUCAUGAUGAAUGCCUUAUUUUUGGACUCUGGAAUGACAGGUGGCAUUUCACCCUUAUCUGGAAAUGCCUUACAAAUGAAUGACAGUGUGUUUUCGAAUGCUUCUCCAUCGAGUGGUGCCAAUAUAUUGAAUUUUCAACAAAAUUCUUCCACACAACUCUCUCCAAGACAAACCUCUCCCAGAAGACGACAAUCCAAGAAUUUGACAAGUGACAUUUUACCUAGAAAAACUCAACCUUAUUUUCCAAGCUUGACCAAACUCCAAAUCAAAUACCAACAUCCCUUUUGCAAAACUUUGGCCACCUCUUCCUACUUGACCUCUCUUAAACAUUUAAAUUUAAAUUUUUGUCGACUAGUAACAGAUUCUGAAGUCAAAGAACUCGCUCAAAGUGAAUUCCUAACCAAACUAGAAACUCUCCAAUUACAAGGAACUAGUAUUACCGAUGAAGGUGUGAAAUAUAUUGCUUCUAGUUCAACCUUAAUUCAUUUGACGUGUUUAGAUAUUGGCGGGAAUUUUCCUCAAAUGGGACUCGAAAGUUUUUUCAGUGUCUUGACAUCGAAAAAUUUUGGAACUUUGAAAAACUUUGAAUUUCAAGGAAAUCGAGUGAAAUAUGAAAAUAUUGCCAUGCCAUUGACUUCUCAAACCAUGAAUUCUACCAAAGUAACGAGUCCAUUGAGUUUACAAAACAAUUCAUCUUGUUCGAAUCCUUUCGAAUCGAAAACUUCAUUAAGGCAUUUGAAUUUGUAUCGAAACUUUUUUGGAAAAUUGGGAGCUCAAUUUAUGGCUCAACAUGCGACUCAAUUUUUCCAACAUUUGACGUACCUCAAUAUGACCAACAAUUACAUUGAAAAGGAAGGAAUGAAAUAUUUGUGUGAAUGUCAACAAUUGUCAAAUUUGACCUACCUCGAAGCAGGAUACAAUAACAUUGGAGAUGAAGGAGCGAAAUACAUUGCCACGGCCGUAUUCGCUCCAAAUUUAACUCAACUCUUUCUCGUGAAUAAUAAUAUUGGAGUAGAGGGAGUGAAAGCAUUGAGUGAUGGUGACUCUUCACAACUCACCAAUGUACUGGAAUUGAGUUUGAGCAAUUUUGACAAUGAAAGUAACAAUAAGAUUGGAGAUGAAGGAGCUUUGGCAUUGGCUCGGAGUCGUGUGUGGAAACAGUUGAAAAAACUCUCCAUUCGUAAGAAUCAAAUUGGUGAACGAGGAGUGUUGGAAUUGUCUCAGAGUGAGUUCUUGCAUCAUUUGGAAGAAUUGGAUUUGAGGUAUAACAAUGCUUCUUUGGAGGCAAUUGAGGCUGCAAAUUUUCGAGUUGGAAGUAGGAAUUUGUUGCAUCAUCAAAUUGCGUAUCAUAUACCGAAACAUAAGAAACACAAAUCAAUCGAUAAGAAUUGUUUGAUUCAAUAA